AUGGAAGUGACGAAAUUCAAACGUAAGGUGUACAAUUUUUUGGAAAACGAAAAUGAAUACAUCCUCAAGGAUGACGACGCGGAGGAGAGCAAUGAUGCUAGCGAAAUAAAAUAUUUCGAUGAAGUAAAGGGGACGGCCAAAGAAAAUUCCAGCAAUAUAUUCCGACCAAAGAAGUAUGAUUUGUGUCAGAAUCUAGAAAAAACGAAAGGAUUUUUGGGUAUAGAAAUGUCCAAUAAAUAUGAAAUAUUUUGUUUUGCAUGUAAAUAUUACUAUAAUAAGGAAUUUUUAGGAGAAAGGAAAAAGGAAGUAAGAGGAAAUGAAACAAUUCUUGGAGAGUAUUCAUUCAAAACGUAUGGUGAAAUAAAGAAUGAAAUAGAGAUUUUAGCAUCUGCAUUGUACCAGUUUGAAAAUAUAGAACCCAAUAUUUUCACAGACAAUGGAGAAUAUGAUAAAAUGAAAAUUUUAGGUAUUUGGUCGAAAAAUAGAAUAGAAUGGUUAACUACCGACUUUGCUUGCUCAGCAAUCGACUUUGUCACCGUUCCUAUAUACGACACAAUGGGAAUAAAUUCGGUGAAGUACAUAUUUCAAAAGACACAGAUGAAAAUUUGUUGCAUAGAAGCGGAGAAGUUGGAGUGCCUUAUCAAAUUAAAGAGCGAACUAACCGACUUACACAUUCUAAUUAUUUACGAUGAAUGGAGCUUAAAAGACGAUAUUAAACAGCGAGCUAAUAAGGCAGGCUACAAGGUAUAUUUCUAUAAAGACCUAAUUGACAAAUUUAAGAACCAAAAUAUUAUCCCGCAGUAUGAGUACUAUGAUUACGAUUUUAACAGUAAGGAGAAGGAGGCCAAUUCUAGCACUAAGAAUAUGAGCGAUGGAAAAAAUCAGAAGGAUAUUAAAAAAGGGCCGGAGUCGAGGAGCGGCACAGACGGUAACAACACUAGUGGAAAUAAUGGAAGUGGAUCGAAUGCGCUAAUGGAGAAGCUGAAAAAUAAUAAAGGCAAAGUCACUGAUGUGUGUACCAUAAUUUUUACCUCCGGAUCGUCUGGAAUGCCCAAAGGGGCUAUGUUGACACAUAACACUUUCAUAACCUUUAUGCAAAGCUACAUCGUCGACGGUAAUAGACUGGGCCUGAUGAAACAUGACGUAGUGCUUAGUUACCUGCCUCUAGCUCACGUCUACGAAAGGCUGAUCGAAUUCGCUGUGUGCUUUUUUGGAGCCAAAAUAGGUUACUUCUCCGGAAACAUAAAGGAGCUAGUCAGCGACAUCAAUGAGUUAAAACCAACCUUCUUAAUCACAGUCCCGAGAAUUUUACAGAAGAUUCAUGAUAAUGUUAUGGAAGGAUUGAAGAACAAAUCCUUUAUAGCCAGAACGUUGGUAAAAGCAGCCCUGAAAAAUAAAAAAAAUGCAUAUUUGAAAAAUUCCAAAAAGUUUUCCCACCCAGUUUAUGACGUCAUAUUACAACCAGUGAGGAACCGAUUCGGAGGUCGCAUAAGGACGCAAGUUAUGGGUUCUGCAUCUAUGGAUAAAAAUAAACUAGUCGAUUUGCAAAUGCUCUUUUCAGCUCCUAUUUCUGAAGGAUGGGGAAUGACAGAAGUUGGUGUAGGAUUCCUGCAACAUAGAUAUGAUAGUACCAAAGGAACCAUAGGAGGAAUGUUCUCCAAUGUUACUAUGAAAGUCGUUGAGGUGGAAAAUAUGAAGUAUGACCCAAAGGCUUACCCAAACAGAGGAGAAUUAUGCGUUAAGGGAAGUAGCCUAAUGGUAGGCUAUUUCAGAGAUGAGCAAUUAACAAAAAAAUCUUUUGAUGAAGAUGGCUUCUUCUACACAGGAGAUGUCGUUGAAAUCAACGAAAAUAAUGCAUAUGUUAGAAUUAUAGAUAGAGCAAAGAACAUAUUUAAAUUAGCUCAAGGGGAGUACGUCGAACCAGAGAAGUUAGAAAAUAUAUACACCAAUAGCAUAUACAUAGAGAAUAUAUUUGUCCAUGGAUAUAAUUACGAAAAUGAGUUAGUAUCCAUCAUAGUGCCAAAUGAAAUUUUCGUUCUUGAUUAUGCGAAGAAAAAUAACCUCAAUAUGCCUUUUGAGGAACUGCUAAAAUGCGAUGCUAUUAAAAAACUUUUCUAUAAUGAAAUAUUGACUAUGUCAAAAACGUAUAAUUUGAAUGGUAUUGAGAAGAUCCACUUGUUUCAUUUGACGCCUACUCCAUUUUCUGUAGAGAAUAAACAACUAACCCCUACGCAUAAGGUCGUUAGAAAUGCAAUUUUAGCUGAUUAUAAAAAGAUUAUUGACGAUUUGUACGAGUCGAGGAAGAAAUAA